AUGUCCUGCGGUUCUUUAAGCAAAAUACUACGAGGAAAUAAGGCAGAAUUGAUCUCCAAGAUAAUUGAGAGAGAUCCAGAUGGUUCCGGCCUAAAACACUGGUUCCAAAAGGUAGCUGCAGAACGGUCCAUACAAGAAGAGAAUCAAAGCCGUGAAGCUCAAUUAGAAAAUGAAUCCCUUUUGGCUCAAUUGGAAGCUGCCAGAAAGGAAGUGGAAAACAUGAAGAAUUCCCUUCACAGAAAAAGAGUUCAAGAGCAUGAAGACGAGCUAAAGAAGGUUCGGACGGAAAGGGAAAGAUUGGCCCGUGAAUUACAAUCAGCUAUAGAGGAGUUGUCUAAUCUACGUAAUAAUCCAGAUGCCGUAAGCACCGUUGGAAGCGAGCCAAAUUCCGACAUUUUGGAUUUGGAGCGAAGGGAACGCGAUGCCGAGCGGGAAAAAAUGGGGGGAGAUCCGUAG